AUGGAUGCCGCCUCCAAGGGUGUCUCGGCCGAGCAACUGACGAGGUACGACCCCGAGGAAAAGCUCGCCGCACAGUUCCCCGGCUUUCAGCCUCGUGUCGGGGGCAGGAUCGACAUGGACAUCCCUUUUCGAUCCCUUUUCGAUGAUUAUGAUGGGUCCGAUAGAGGCAUGGCCAGCGCUGCGCAUCAGCUCAAGGAAACAGUAAGAACGUUUCUGGCGGGCGGCUACCCUGAUAGCAGCGACGAAGAGAGUGAUGAUUACGGGGUGAACACGGUGCGGCACAUCGUUGAUGAAAACGGACGAUUCGGCCUCGGCUGCGUCGUCUCGAGGCCCGGAGACGCCGUCCAGAACUGGCAUCAGGAUGGCGAUUCACUCGGUGAGGACAGGGGAAAGACGUUCAUCGCAUUCAUGACCACCUCCCGACUCGGAAUGGAACGAAGAGGACGGAACAACGCCCGACGGAACCGUGAAGGCGGCGGCUUGCCGGGGCCGCUCCAGAUAAUCAAAGGCUCGCACAAAGUCAACGCAGAGCCCGGUCUGAAAGAGGGCGAACUCCCAGAGCGACUCAGGACGAAAGAAGUGACUGAAAAAGCAGACUCACCGGAAAACAUGCACACCGGCGAAAGCUACCUCUUCGAGGCGGACGAACCCGGCACGAUCUGCGUCAUGAACUACAGGUGCUGGCACCGAGGCCUCGCGAACACGUCCACGCGUGUCAUGCGACCGAUGCUGUACAUGCGCUUUGAAGUCAAAUGGGGUCGCCCUCGGAACGGCUUGCCGCGCAUCUACCCUCCCGAGCCCGAGAGAAAGAGGGAGACGCCGAGGUUGGAUGACCCGUGCAAGAAGCGAAGGGUCACCCCGACGCAAGUUUCGUAA